CUGUUUCUCAAUUAGUUCCCGGAACUCACGCAAUGUUGCGCCUCUGGGUUUAGAAACUCUUCGCCACAACUACUGGUGGAGAGCGAAUCACAUUCGCCAUUUAAAUAACCAGCUGUCGACCGCGGAAGAAUGUUUUACCACAGUACACAGCGGCUUUAUCAGCUGAAGAUGGCGGACGGGGAGAAUAUCCUUGUUGGAGCUAGUUCCAGCAAUUCAACUAAUGAAGAACCAGAUUCAAAAAAGGCCAAAAUGAGCAUGGCCAUAGAAUGUGGACUCAAAAUUGUUCAGACUAAGCAAGUUACGUAUGGGCCAGAGGCUGGUGAGAGUUUGGCGGCGGCGAUUUCUGCGCAGCCAAAGGAGAAGGAGAUUGAGCCGGUGAUGUCGGUAGGACAGGCCUCAGCAGCAGCACCAGGCGGAGACAAUGGGCUGCUGGUCUUCGAGCCUCAGGAAAGUGUAGUGAAUUUAGACAAGGCGUCUGGACCCACGGCGGAGCCUGCAGACGGUGUCAAUGAGGAUGAUGACCGAUCCUCACAUGCAAGUUCCAGUGACUGGACACCUCAACCACAGAUAGGUUCCUACAGUUUUAUCCAGCAACACAUCAUGAGAGAGACUGAUCCAAGAACAAUAUUGAAAGACUUACUUCCUCCAGAGACUGUGCUUCCACCGGACUUGGAUGACAUGACGCUGUGGCAGAUCAUCAUCAACAUUUCGGAGCCUCCUAAAAGAAAGAAGCGGAAAGACAUAAACACCCUGGAGGACGUGGUUCGGAUACUCCAUGAAAGCAAAAAGAUCCUUGUGCUUACUGGUGCUGGAGUGUCUGUUUCUUGUGGAAUACCAGACUUUCGAUCCAGAGAUGGCAUUUAUGCAAGGCUUGCAAUAGAUUUCCCAGAUCUUCCAGACCCUCAAGCAAUGUUUGAUAUAGAGUACUUCAGAAGAGACCCAAGGCCCUUUUUCAAGUUUGCUAAGGAGAUCUAUCCUGGACAGUUCCAACCUUCGCCCUGUCACAAAUUCAUAUCUAUGCUGGGCAAACAUGGGAAGCUACUACGCAACUACACCCAAAACAUUGACACUCUUGAACAAGUGGCUGGGGUUCAGAGGAUCAUCCAGUGUCAUGGGUCUUUUGCAACCGCUUCCUGUCUCAUCUGUAAACACAAGGUUGACUGUGAGGCUGUAAGGGAAGACAUUUUUAAUCAGGUUGUCCCUCACUGUCCACGGUGUCGAGAUAUUCCCCUGGCGAUCAUGAAGCCAGAUAUUGUCUUCUUCGGAGAGAAUCUUCCAGAACUGUUCCACAGAGCAAUGAAGCAGGAUAAGGAUGAAGUGGACCUCCUUAUCGUCAUUGGGUCCUCACUGAAAGUGCGACCUGUGGCUCUCAUCCCAACCUCCAUUCCUCAUGAAGUGCCUCAAGUCCUGAUUAAUCGGGAGCAGCUGCCUCACCUCAACUUUGACGUGGAGCUACUUGGGGACUGUGACGUCAUCGUUAACGAGCUCUGCCAUCGGUUGGGCGGAGACUUUGAGCAACUGUGCUACAACUCCUUAAGACUCAGUGAGAUCACAGAGAAACCCCCGCGGUCACAGACACCUUGUGAGGCCUUGUCCACUCACAGUAAGCCAACAGAAGAAGAACAGAAGACCCGUCACACAGACUCAUCGUUCGGUGCCUCAGAGGAGACGGACACUCAUACGGUCACAGACACUCCAGAAGGCGACAGAGUACCAACAGAACCUUGUCCGACUGCGCAGAAUGACACAGACACAUCUGAAGUCGAUGGAGUACCAUCGGUGCCCUAUCCAAAGACAAAGAUUGUCUCUGACACGCUUGAAGUUGGAGUACCAACAGAACCCUGUCCAAAGACUCAGAAUGUCACAGGCACCCUGGAAGUCAACAGAGUAGCGACAGAGCCCUGUCCGAAAGACACUCUUGAAUUCGAUGCAGUGCCAUUAGAGCCUAGUCCAAAAGUGCAGAUUGUCCCAGAGGCUCCAGAAGAGCCUUGUUCAAAGACUCAGUCCCCCAAUGAGGAGAGAAUGGAGAUUUCAGAUUCUCCGUCAGCGGACACGCAAAGGGAAGAACCCUCUGGAUUAAAUGACCAACAUGUCAACCUUGAAGUUCGCCGACGAUGCUGGAUGAGUCGAAUCAGUCGAAGUCCUAUCAGCAAGCGCCUUGAGACUUCUCAAUACCUAUUCCAAGCACCAAAUCACUACAUCUUCCACGGGGCAGAAGUGUAUUCCAACUCGGAGGACGAGACAUCCAGCUCCUGCGGGAGCAACAGUGAGGACUCCAGCCUGGAGGAGGAGGACGACGAGGAAGAAGACAGCGAUGCCGAGGAGGACCAGAGCACACCAGCAGAGGAGGGCGAGGGCUGCCUCAUUGACAUAGUAACACACAAGCAAGCCUGCGAGGGCACUUCGAGUGUGAAGCAGAUGGAGAGUACAGACAAAAAUGUCCAGAACACCACAGACCUUUAGAAAAACAAAGCACUUGCAGUCUUUUUUACAAAUAUUUGUUUUGUAUAUUUUUGUCCACCCACAGCACCUCAUAUUAUACAUUUUUCAUAAAGUCUAGAUUGCAUUGAUACUUUUGCAUGCAUGUGCUGAAAAUUAGUUCUUCGUUGUCUUCUGUCUGACCACAUUAACAAGCUGCAGGUGGUUUGUUUACACGUUUUGUGUAAUACAAUUAAAUAAACAGCAGCUCAACUCAACCAAUCCACUUCAGAAGGUUAAUGGUGAAGAAAGCAACAGAAAAAAAACAUAGACCAAAGAAUAAUUCCCCCCCCCCCCCAUACACCCAACAGUUUUUGCAUUAAAUCUUAAAAACCUUGUCUUUGACUUACCCACCACCUGAAGUGUAAAGAAUAUAUUGAGCGGUGGCAUUGUUUUCCUUACGAUAUUUGGCAGCUACUUUUUACAGUCAAGCUUUUAUUAUUUUUGUACUUUGUAACAUGUAAGAGACAUACUCAGCAAAGAGCAGGUGAUGGUUUUCUAAAUGAAAUUGAAAACGUUAUACGUUGUGCAAACAUAAAGCCUUAUCUGUGUUCAAUGAGCUUUCAUUGGAGCAAAUGUCACUUUUUUUUCUUCCUGUUCAGCAGUUUGACGCGUUUGUUCAUGUUUCCUCGGUUGUAUGAGCUAUUUGGUCGAUGUGACUGAUUGUCUCCUAUUCACUCUUUCCUGAGAAAUGUCCAGCCCUAACACAGACCCUGUAGAGCUAUACAAGUGUUCUGGGAUAUGUUUAAUAUGAGCCAAAUUUACUCUUUUAAGCAACUCAUUCGAAUGAAAUUCAAAUAUUUGUUUUGUUUUGAGCUUGAUAGUUAAAUUGCUAAAAUGUUCAUUCAUAGUAGGCCUUUUCCUUAUUUUCAUGAGAACACCACAGAAAUAGUCUAAUUUAUCACAAGGUGUGACAACACACUGUUGUGUAGAAAAUGGAUAUAGAUAUGAGAGUUGCAUGCUAUUUGACAUUUGAUGUCCCAAGUUUAGUUUGAGAAGACCACCACAGGUAAGUGCAUGCAGUUCAGAUACUGCAGCAGCGCCAUUGGAGCUGGUUUUACACAAAUGGAGGGACAACAUUUACAUGGUUGAACUAAGAUGAUUACAAUUACAUUUAAGAGUUAUUAUAAUCAGUAUGCUGAUGUGUGAGAGUCGGCUUUUGUUAUGCUCUGCAGUGUUUAUUUUUUACAUCAAAACAUUUAUUUUUCAUGUUUUCUUUAAAAAUGUAUCUGCUAUAUUUAUAUUUGGUUUAAUAACACCAUACACCAACAAAUAGGCCAUAAUAUAGCACAUAGUCUCAUUUGAGGUUACCCUUUAUGUAAAUAUGACUGCCUGUAUUUAAUUGAUAAUGUAUACUGUAUUUACAGUAUAGGCCUAUGUUUUUAAAGUUCUUAUGCCUGCAAAAGUCACACAGAAAGAGUUGUGUUUUUGUCUAAAAUUACUAAUAAAAAUUCGGUCAAAAUGG